AUGCGGAUCGCGCCGUGUGGGCACACCGCGGCCCGCGUCCUGGCCCUGGCCGGCCUCUGGCUAGCCGCGGCGGGUCGCCCGCUAGGCUUCUCGGACGCGGGGCCGCACGUGCACUACGGCUGGGGCGAGCCGGUCCGCCUGCGACACCUGUACACCGCUGGUCCUCACGGCCUCUUCAGCUGCUUCCUGCGCAUCCGCGGCGACGGCGCCGUGGACGGCACGCGGGUCCAGAGCGCGCACAGUUUGCUCGAAAUGAAGGCAGUGGCGCUGCGGGCCGUGGCCAUCAAGGGCGUGCACAGUGCUCUGUACCUCUGCAUGAACGCCGACGGCAGUCUGCACGGGCUGCCUUGGUACUCUGCAGAAGACUGUGCUUUUGAGGAGGAAAUCCGCCCCGACGGCUACAAUGUGUACUGGUCUAGGAAGCACGGCCUCCCUGUCUCUUUGAGCAGUGCGAAACAGAGGCAGCUGUACAAAGGCAGAGGCUUUCUGCCCCUGUCCCACUUCCUGCCCAUGCUGCCCAUGACGCCGGCCGAGCCCGCGGACCCCGGGGAUGACGUGGAGUCGGACAUGUUCUCUUCACCUCUGGAAACUGACAGCAUGGAUCCUUUUGGAAUUGCCUCCAGACUUGAGCUUGUGAACAGUCCCAGCUUUCAGACAUAA